GGAUGGUAAUUAAAAUUUGUAAUAAAGAACAGAAGCCAAAGUUGAUUUGCAAAAUGGUAGAUUAACAUUGAAGAAAGAUCAUAAUUACAUUCAUCAUCACAUAAUGAAUGAUUAAUUAGGAGUACUUUAUUAUUAUCAUGCAUGGGUUUUCUUUUCACCUGGCAUAUAGUUUUCCAUUGAGUGCCAUUCAAGUCUUUGUUUCUUAGAUUACGACCCUCGUGCUACGUGUUCUUCACAACGAGACGUGUUUCGAAAUUCCCAAAAAACAAACACAAAUUCCCCCAAAUUGAUUUGCUUCCUCCUCCUCCGUUAAUCGAAUCCAAUCAAUUCAAUCGCGAGAUCCGAACAAUCCAAUCAAUCAUCAACCAUUGGAGGAGGAAACAAAAGGUUAUAAUAAAAUGGCUGAUGAUAAAGUAGUUGGGGAAGGUGAAAACAAGGAGACAAAAACAAGUGCUACUACUGCUGGGAAUGAAAAGAAGAAGCGUAAAGGAUUCAUUUCUCGAAUUUGGAACGGAAUUUUUAGGUUACACGGCGAUGAUUUUGAGAAACGCCUUCAAUAUAUUUCUAAAGAGGAAGCUACUGUCGUAGCUAGAGUGGCUAGGAGAUCGCGAUCCAGGAGGCGGGUGUCUCGGAAUCUUAUUUUAUUUUCUGUUAUAUUUGAGGUCAUUGCUGUAGGUUAUGCUAUUAUGACAACAAGAUCAGUGGGUAUAGAUUGGAAAAUGAGGGCAAUCCGGGUUUUACCAAUGUUUCUUUUGCCUGCACUAUCAGCUGCUACUUAUUCAGCAUUUAUCAGCUUCAUAAGAAUGUGUGAUAACAGGGACCAGAAUAUUCUUGAAAAGCUUCGAGCUGAAAGGCAAGCAAAAAUCGAUGAGCUCAAAGAAAAGACAAAUUAUUACACUACACAACAGCUUAUUCAGAGAUAUGACCCAGACCCAGCCGCAAAGGCAGCUGCUGCAACUGUUUUGGCGUCUAAAUUGGGUUCAGAUUCUGGUUUGAAAUUGUACAUGGGUGAUGAAUCCCAUCUCAGUGGUGCUUCAACAGGGAAGAGCAAUGAUGUUGAACUUGUGCAGUCCUCUGGACUUCGAAAUAGGAAACAAGUUCAAAAUAGAUCCACUAGUCCAAGGACAACCGCACAAAAUUUUGCUGAUCAACAAUUAGUAGGUUCGGGAGGAUUCGAUCAAACCCAGACCUCUGAGUAUGAUCAACCUAUUGUUGUUGAACAUCAGCCUCAAAAUUCAACCCCACAAGAUGGAGGAUGGAUUGCAAGAAUUGCAGCGUUACUUGUGGGUGAGGAUCCAACACAGUCUUAUGCUCUCAUAUGUGGUAACUGCCACAUGCAUAACGGUCUUGCUCGGAAGGAGGAUUUCCCAUUUAUCACUUACUACUGCCCACAUUGCCGUGCGCUGAACAAACCAAAGCAAUUGGAUGGGAGUAUCUCCCCUAAGGCGGGGUCUGUGCAAAUGGAUGAGCGUAUCCUGGCUCUUCCUUCCCCUAAGGCAAGGUCUCCAAAAACAGGCGAUGGUGAGGCAGUUUUAAAUGCUAGCACUUCUGCUGCAGAGAGCAUAAUCACAAGCGAUAGUCCCGUAAAUGCUAUCCCUGAGAUUGAAGAGGUUUCAGAAAGGACAAGUUCAGAGGAUAAAACUGAUUGAAAUGGCAGCCUUCUUAUGGUGAUUUGUCUGUUGGGAUGCAUGUCUUGCCCCUUGUUCCGUGGAAGGAAUUGACUAUAAGGGGAGGAACUGUGCAAUUGGUUUCCUUUGUUGGUUUUGCUACACGAAAAGCUGAAAUACUUCCAUACAUAUUGUGGAUUUGUUAUACAUAGAUUAGAUGGAUUGCUUGUGAGAUAAGGCAAUUUUGGCGUGUUUUUCAUCUUUCUUUGCUGGUAUUUAUAUAUUGCUUCAGUGUUCUAGUUAAAAACCUGAAUCGUACCUGAGAGAAAUUUUGAAAACUGAAUUUACAUCCAUAUUAUGCACUGCUUUCCAGCUAUGAGGAGCAGGGAUCAUCUCUAUUUGUCAAAGGAAUUUGUGGGCUCUAUUAUUAAGAUUUUUGGUGUAUAAAAGCAUUUAUUUUUCGAA